GACAGCAGGGAACAGCUGCAGCAUUAGGUUCGAGUAGGAUUUCACUGCAUUGCGAUUUCAAAUAUCAGUCAUUUCAUCCCCAAAAGCGGCGCAGAGCAGCUCGACGCAGCAACCAAAUAUCAUUGAACAAUGGUUGAUCGCGAGCAGCUGGUGCAGAAAGCCAGGCUGGCUGAGCAGGCUGAGAGAUACGAUGAUAUGGCAGCUGCUAUGAAAUCGGUAACAGAGCUGAAUGAGGCCCUGUCCAACGAGGAGAGGAACCUUCUGUCUGUUGCCUACAAGAACGUGGUCGGGGCCCGCCGCUCCUCCUGGAGGGUGAUCUCCAGCAUCGAGCAGAAGACCUCGGCCGACGGCAAUGAGAAGAAGAUUGAGAUGGUCAGGGCCUACCGGGAGAAGAUUGAGAAGGAGCUGGAGGCCGUGUGCCAGGAUGUGCUCAACCUUCUGGACAACUUCCUGAUCAAGAACUGCAGCGAGACGCAGCACGAGAGCAAGGUGUUCUACCUGAAGAUGAAGGGCGACUACUACCGGUACCUGGCCGAGGUGGCCACGGGGGAGAAGAGGGCCACCGUGGUGGAGUCGUCGGAGAAGGCCUACAACGAGGCCCACGAGAUCAGCAAGGAGCACAUGCAGCCCACCCACCCCAUCCGCCUGGGCUUGGCUCUCAACUACUCUGUGUUUUACUACGAGAUCCAGAACGCCCCGGAGCAGGCCUGUCAUCUGGCCAAGACCGCCUUCGACGACGCCAUCGCCGAGCUCGACACCCUCAACGAGGACUCCUACAAAGACUCCACUCUCAUCAUGCAGCUGCUCCGAGACAACUUGACACUGUGGACAAGUGACCAGCAGGAUGACGAGGGCGGGGAGGGCAACAAUUAAAGAGAAACCACACUUCGAAAAAAAAUAUAUGAAGGGCCGGUGGACUUUGGCAGCCGCUUUUGCCGAUGAUACUACCGCAGCAGCAGUUCUUUAUUUUUCCAUGUGUUAAAAGAAAAGAAUCAAAAGAGAGGUGAGAGUGGAGGUUAAAUCUUAGUUUAAAUAUAUAUAGAAAUAUAUAUACAGUUGAAAGGGGCCUCCGUCUUCUUGAUUUUCUCUUUGACAUUUGCCAAAACCACUGAUAUGUCAGUCAAUCAGCCUGAAGUGGUUGUUGUUGGAUUGAAAUGGCAGCCUCACACUGGCAUAGGAACUGAUCUUGUUCUGUCAAGAUAAGCUGCUUAGUUAGGUUUUUGCGUGAUAGAGAUGCUUUUGAGUCACUUGAGAGAGAAAAUGCUUGAAUGGGAAUGCCUCACAAAUCUAGUUUGCAUUGGUUCCAGCAGUAGUCUAUAUACGAGAAAGGGCCCUGAAAGCCAUUGACGUUAAACCCACACACAAAAACGAGAAAAAGAAAGUUUUGAACUGAUUAAUCCCCCCCUAAAAUUUACUGGACAGUAAAAUUGAUUCCCCUCCUUCUGUCUGAAGUGUAUUUGGCAUCUCACAGAUUAGUCUGUUGUGUCACUGGAACCAUAGAUUCUUUUGGAGGUGAAGAUUAUUAAAGGCAGAGACUUAACGAUACAAAACAAAACAAAAAAAAAGACUAAAACAAUAAAUAAAAGCAGCUUCAGAGUUUGUGGUUUACUUCUGUGUUUGUUUUAUUAAAUGCACUUGCCUACUAUACUGUUUCUUCAGUGUAAGAUGAUGACAACAAUAAUAUCGAUUAUUCAAUAUUGUGCAUGCUGGUGAUGUAUUUAUAUACAGUAGCUUGACUUUAUUAACUUAUACUGUGGGUGUUAAGUAUUCAUAUGAUUGAGAAAAACAGGCUUUGUCUGAUGUUGAUUUCUAAUUUCUAAUUUAUUUCGUUUUGUUAUGGGUUUUUGAUUUGCUAUACCAAAAUGGUGAUCGUAAAAAUUGACCUGUAAUGGGCGUUGCUAUAGUGACAUGCAAUAUGUGUUUUUAAUUUGUUAAUGAAAGAAAAAAAAAAAGGAAGAUAAAAACUCACCAGUGAUCACUUAACCUUACCUGCUGGUGUUCGUCACAUUGAAGUAUGAUUAUGAUAUAUUUUGACAGUAUUUAAGUACUUUUUUUUCAUGUCAUGCUAUCCAGUUUUAAUAAUGGUGAAUUUUUCAGGCUCAAUGUUUCUGUUAUGAAUUCACAAACAUGGACCAUAUUUUAUUUCUGACAGUAUACUUUUUUUUUUGUUCGUUUGUUUUUAUACAUUUUAGCUGUUCCUGAGUGACAAAAUAUCUUGAAUGUGAGUCAUUAUGUAGCAGUUGCACAAGAACCGAAAUAAUAGCUAUGAUAAUAAAAAAGAAUAUGACUAAAUUACACAUGCACCAUUUCCGUGGUGGUCCAGUGUAUUGUUGUAUCGUCACCCAUAAGAAAAGUUUGAUUUGAAGCAAAAUCAUGUUUUGACACUUUGUUUUGUGGCCAGAGUACGGUAUGUGCUUUCUUUUUGUGCCUGUAUCAUUAUUUGAUAUGCCUCAUUUGCAAGCAAACGAUAUAGAAAAAAAAGGAUUUAUCUGCCAGUAUUUGAAGUUCCUGCAAGCAUGUGUGCAAGCUGUAAUAUUUCCCCCUUCCUCACUUUUACGUGUGUCCGACGGUACUGCUCUCUGUACAGCACAUAGGUACGAAUAUUCAACACCGAUGCACGAACAGAGUCACGGGGAAAGCGUAGGCAGUUCAGUAGAAUUGGUUAUUGACUAGCAAAUGUGAGAAUUCACGUCUUCAGAACAAACUUUAGACACCAGGAAGCUGCUUGAGAGCACAGAAAGCUGCUGAAUGGAUAAUGCUGCUAGUUCUAUAGAGUAUUACAUUAAUAUAUUCAUACAGAUGGCAGGUUUGGGGACUUUAUUUUUACUAAUAGAUGGCAGUUUUGGGGUUAUUAUUAUUAUUUUAUAUCUCAGAUGUGAUGGCAUGGCUUAAGAGAGAAACCAAAAGCCUUAAGGUCAGUCACACAACCUCGUUCAUGUAUGCCAAUUAUGUCACCGUCAUGAGUCAGCCUCCACGAGCUCGCACUGUAUGUCACAGCUGCUUUGAUUUAUUUUUAACGUAGUAUAAAGUUGACGAAGGCUCGGCAGACAAAUAGCAUGAAAUCGUAAUGCCAAUCUGCAACAAGGCUCACGUGGCUUAUGAAUAUCACAAUCCUACACUUUCAUUUUGAAGUUUGUCUGUUCAAAUAGUGGAAACUGAUUUAUUUAUUUUAUUUUAUUUUUUUGAUAAAACAGACUGAGAGACUUUCACUCAUUGCCAAGAAUACAUGCAUUGUGUUCCUCUUUAAUUCAUUUGUGUUUUUAUUUUCCUCUGUGGUUUGUGUUUUUACUUUUGAGUUUGCAUUAUUUCGGAUGUUGAUCCUUGUUUCUGUGACAUGAAAACAUACAAGAACAAGAAAUGAGGAGACAAGAUUUUGAUUUUAAUCACAAAUGAGAUUAAAAAAGAGCUGACCUACUGGAAAUUAGGGGGGAGGGGCAAUAGCUGAAAAUGGGAUAUAAACUGUAUGCUCUGAGGAAUUUUUGGUUGCCAUCUGUUGCCCAUUAAAGUUAUUUGUUUAUCGGUA